GUGAUGGAGCUGAUAAUAAGACUGCUGGGCGGAGAUGUGAAGCAUCUGGAAGUGAGCGGUGGAGCCACAGUUGGUGAACUGAAGAAACUCAUCUCUCAGAUCUUCGGAGAACCUUCUUACAAACAGAAGCUGUCUGCCGAUAACGGUUCGCGUAUCAGCCUCGAGGAUGAGUCUCGAACCCUCAGCAGUUACGGUCUGCACUCUGGAUCAGUGGUCAGUCUGCUCAUCACCAACCCCGGACCUUUCCAAGUGUUCGUCAGGAAUGAGAAGGGCCAGACCGGGACGUAUGAAGUGGAUAUCAAUGAGACCGUAGAUCAGCUCCAGGCUAAGAUCUACCGCAAAGAGAGAGUCCCCGUGGACCAGCAGAGACUGAUUUUCAACGGAAGACAGCUGGAGUCCGGCAGAAAGUUGCAGGAAUACGACAUCAGCUCAGGAAGCAGCAUUCACAUGACUCUCCGUCUGCGAGGAGGAUGAUCGGGUGAAUGUGUGCAAAAAGGAUUAAAAACUGUUCUCUUUAGAUUUGUUAAUGAUGUAGCUAAAUACCAUUGUCCUUUUAUACUCGCUGUUAAAUUUGUGAGUUUUUUUUGCUUCAUAAUGUCUUAAGAACUCAUGCAAUUCCAUUGUUGGCUAUUUAUCUGCAGAUGUCUGCAGGGGAACACAUUCAGGUGUCCUUGUUACAUGUUACAUGUAUUGUCACAGUGUCUGGUCUGUGUAUCCCUGGGUGUCCACUAGAGGUCUCACUUUCCCUUAUUUGGUCACCUUCCUCCUUGUUUGUGUUAAUUGAUUGUUCCCCGCCUGUCUCCACUUCCCUCAUCAUCCUUCUGUGUAUUUAUACCCGGUUUGUCUCAGUCUGUGUCACGGAGUCCUUGUUUAAUGUCAGAGUUAUUUCAUGUCCGUCGUCCUUGCCUUCCCUUGUGUUCGUGUCUUGUUUAUGUUUUGUUUUGGAUCUUCUGGUUUUGACCCUGCCUGGCUUGUUUACCCGAUUGUCUUACCCUUAAUAAAGAAUCAUACCUGCACUUGGAUCUCUUCUCGUUCCUGCAUCACCGUACGUGACAAUUAUAAUAACAGUAAAUUCUGCAUACUGUAAUUACAUGCAAGUAACCCCAAGUCAACCCUAAUCCUAGCCUUAACCAUAGUAAAGUACGUUGGUACAUGUAGUUAAUCAGUAUUACUCAGUACAUAAAUGUAUAAUUACAGUGUAAAAAGGACACCUUAAAAUAAAGUGUAGCCCAACCCUCUUCAGAACUCAUGAGGAUAAUUCCAUUAUAUAACUGUAUCUUUGAUCAUGAUGAAUGAUCUUUCACUGUGACUAUAAUAAUAAAAACUCAAAUCAUUUGAAGAAA